AUGGUCCGCAUACGCGUGCUGCUCUCGCAACUCGCUGGCAAACUCGUCGUCGAUGGGGAACCCGGUGUGUCUGGUGUGCAACUCAUGCUCGCGAGCAAAGACCUGCAACCGGUGCCAAAGAGCCAGCGCAAAUGGACCAGCUGGAAUUUUGCCAGCUUCUGGAUCGCAGACGCCUUCAACAUUGCCACGUGGAUGAUUGCCUCGUCCAUGAUUGUCGGCGGGCUGUCGUGGUGGCAAGCAUGGCUGGCCGUCUGGCUCGGCUACGGCUCUACCGCCAUCUUCAUCGUGCUCACCGGCCGCAUCGGGGCCGUGUACCACGUUAGCUUCCCGGUCCUCGGCCGUGCUUCGUUUGGAAUCUGGGGCAGCUUGUGGCCCGUCUUCAACCGUGUAGUCAUGGCAUGCGUAUGGUAUGGUAUCAACUGUUAUAUUGGUGGACACGCCGUCUAUCUCAUGAUUCACGCAAUAUGGACGUCGUGGGACCGCAAAAUUAUUCCCAACACCCUCAGCAGCGGCACAACCACUGCCGACUUUGCCUCAUUCAUCAUAUUCUGGCUCUGCUCUUUACCGGCGCUUUGGUUUCCCGUCUACAAGAUUCGCCACCUCUUUACCCUAAAAGCCUACUUUGUUCCUCCGGCCGCCAUUGCCUAUCUGAUUUGGGUCGCUGUCAAAGCUGGUGGCAUGGGCCCCGUGGUGUCGCGCCCGGGAGACUUGCAAGGCAGCAAUCUGGCGUGGGAAUUUAUCAAGGGUGUCAUGUCGUGCAUUGCCAACUUUGCGACCGUCAUCAUAAAUGACUCGGAUUUUACUAGAUUUGCCCGCAAGCCCCGAGACGCUCUGUGGUCGCAGCUCAUCAGCUUGCCGCUGUCGUUUGCAUUCACCUCCUUGGUCGGCAUCCUCGUGUCUUCUGCCUCUGCCGUCAUUUACGGCGAGCCGAUUUGGGAUCCUCUUUCUUUACUCGAAAGACUUUCUGAAGGCGCUAGCUCAGGUGAGCGCUUUGGCAUCUUUGUCAUUGCCUUUGCCUUUGCCCUAGCCCAGCUUGGUACAAAUAUCGCGGCCAACUCUGUUUCGGCUGGCACGGACAUGACUGCACUUCUACCACGAUACCUGAAUAUCCGGCGUGGCAGCUAUGUUUGCGCUAUUGUUGGCUUGGUCCUAUGUCCUUGGCUUCUUCUCAAAGAUUCCAACACAUUCUUGACAUAUUUGUCUGCCUACGCCAUCUUUCUGAGCGCCAUGGCCGGUGUCAUUGCAACCGAUUAUUAUCUCGUCCGCAGAGGAUACCUCAAUGUUCCAGAGCUAUACACUGCGCGAAGAUUCGGACCAUACUUUUACACUUUUGGCGUCCACUGGCGCGCGUAUGCAGCAUAUGUCGCGGGUAUCCUCAUCAAUGUCGUUGGCUUCGCUGGCGAAGUCGGCGCUACUGUGCCCAUUGGCGCUACGUACAUAUUCAACGUCAACUUUUUCGGGGGCUUUAUUGUUUCGUCCGUCAUCUACUUGCUACUGUGCAAGCUGUCACCGGUUCCGGAGACACGGAAGAAGUGGUCAGAGGUGCUUGAGAGCGACGAGGAAAGCGAUUUACCCAUGGUGACGCGGGCUAGCUCAGACGAGAAGGCUGCGAUGAGCAUCCGGGCGUGA